ACAUGUUCCUUUUAAAAGGGAAAUUCACGUAAGUUUAAAACCCAAACUUUAUAGUAUCAAUUUUCCAAACAUAUAACUUUUUAAAGGUCCUGGAAUGCACUGCGUCCCCUGCCUGUCAAACAUGAAGUUCAAUGAGGCACUGACUUUACUUCUUGUGAGCCUUGUGGGAAUUGCCAUUCAAGGUUGCCAUGGAAAGGCUGUGCAGUUUAUUUUCGGGGAUUCCUUGUCUGACGUUGGUAAUAACAUGUACCUUUCUAAGAGCCUGGCUAAGGCCAGCUUGCCUUAUUAUGGUAUUGAUUUUGGCAGUGGUCUGCCCAAUGGAAGGUUCACCAAUGGCCGAACUGUUGCUGAUAUAAUAGGUGACAACACUAGUCUCCCAAGGCCACCAGCUUUCAUGGAUCCAUCUUUGACUGAGGACGUGAUAUUGGAAAAUGGGGUAAAUUAUGCCUCUGGAGGAGGUGGGAUUUUGAAUGAAACAGGAGGUUACUUUAUUCAGAGGCUGUCUCUUUGGAGGCAAAUUGAGCUAUUCCAGGGGACAACUGAAUUGAUUAAGAACAAACUUGGCAAGCAAGCUGCGGAGAAGUUCUUUCAAGACGGUCUCUUUGUGGUUGCUUUGGGGAGCAAUGACUUCAUUAACAAUUACUUGAUGCCAGUUUACAGUGACUCAUGGAAGUACAAUGAUCAAACUUUUGUUGAAUACUUAAUGGAGACACUUCAGGAACAACUCCUGGCAUUACACAACCUAGGCGCACGGAAGUUAAUGGUGUUCGGUCUAGGACCAAUGGGCUGCAUACCACUGCAAAGGGUCCUAAGCACAUCUGGUCAGUGCCAGGAAAGAGCAAACAAGCUGGCUCUUAGCUUCAAUAAAGCUGCAAGCAAGUUAUUAGUCAAUUUGGAAAGUAAACUUCCCAAUGCUACCCUCAAGUUUGGAGAUGCUUAUGACGUUGUAGAUGAUGUGAUUCGCAAUCCAUACAAAUAUGGAUUUAAUAACUCCAACUCGCCAUGUUGCUCAUUGGGAAAGAUUCGACCUGCUCUCACAUGCUUACCAGCAUCAACAUUGUGUAGAGAUAGAAGCAAAUAUGUCUUUUGGGAUGAGUACCACCCAUCAGAUAGUGCCAAUGAGCUCAUUGCUAAUGAGCUUAUAAAAAAAUUUGGAUUCCUAGGUGUUAAUGCAUAUGUUCCUGCUCCUGCUCCAGAAUCUGCCAUUGCUCCAUCCCCACAUGAAUAA